AUGCUUUCUCAGCAGUGCCUGAGUAUUUCAAGGCCCAAGAAUAAUUAUGCAUUUGCUUUGGCAUCUGUGAGUGACUCGCCUGCUGCAGCAUGUUAUUUUGAAUGUGGAGCACAAAUCGUGACACAAUCCAUCAAUCGUGGUGAUAUGGCACAAUUGACAUUAUUUGAUAGUGAAGCACAAGAUUUGAUUUCUUCUGGGUUCUUGCAAGUGGGACAAACUUAUCUUUUGAAUCAUUUGGGCAUGAACGAUGCUGAUGGAGGCAAUGGUCUGGGUUGUAUGGAAAUAGUAGCAGAAAACAAUAUCCAUCAUUACCCUUUAUCUCAUAAGAUAUGCUCUCAAGCCAAUGUUGCUAUUUGUGGAUUUUAUGGUGAUCAAUCCAUUCCAGUCCGUCCUUCUUCUUCCACUUCUGCUUCUUUAAUAAGGACUAGCACAACCAAUUCUAUUAUCACUGAAAGACCUCGUCAAACAAGUACUCGUUCUGUUUCAUCUACCGUAGUUACUCCUCGAGUUAUUCCCUCCGUUGUUCCCUCCGUUGUUCCCUCCGUUGUUCCCUCCGUUGUUCCCUCCGUUGUUCCCUCCGUUGUUCCCUCCGUUGUUUCCUCGCAACAACAAUUUACUCUGAAUGGUCAGCACUAUUACAUUGUAAACAAGACUGGUAAUACUCUCAGUGAAGCAAUAGCUGCCUGUAAAGACGUAAAAGCCAAAUUAAGUGAUAUCACCACAAGCAAUCAUAAACAAAUUGCUGCUGAACUCUUAACAUUACGCGGCAGAGAUAGAUUGAUUAUUGGAUCAUGGAAUGGAGACAACUAUAAGCUCAGUGGGAAUGAAUGUCUGAUUAUCAACAACGGUAUCUACCCAGGCACUUGUGCAGAAGCCUCUGCUGUUCUAUGCAAAGCAUAA